AUGAUGAAUAACGGUCUCUUUUUCCUCCUCUUUUCUUGCCAGGUAAGAGAUUGGUAUUUGGAUUCUUUUCGUGACCUUCGAUCCUUUCACGAUAUUAAGGAUAAGAGUGACGAGUUGGAAUUCACUCAAAUGAUUAAGAUGAUUAAAGUCAGGCACAACAAUGUGGUCCCUAUGAUGGCUUUGGGAGUCCAACAGUUGAAGAAAGAUUUGGAUGCGAAAAUCAAUUACAAAGAUUUGGAUGAAAUUCAGCAGUUUCUUGAUCGGUUUUAUAUGUCAAGAAUUGGGAUUCGCAUGCUCAUUGGGCAGCACGUGGCAUUGCGCGAUCCCAGUCCUCUCCCUGAUUGUAUUGGUUAUAUACAUACAAAAAUGUCUCCUGUUGAGGUUGCAAGAAAUGCUAGUGAGGAUGCCCGUUCCAUUUGUUUACGAGAGUAUGGCAGUGCACCAGAUGUUAAUAUCUAUGGGGAUCCUAACUUCACGUUUCCUUAUGUACCAGCACACUUGCAUUUGAUGGUUUUCGAGCUGGUAAAAAACUCCCUUCGUGCUGUUCAAGAGAAGUUUAUGGAUUCAGACAAGGUUGCACCUCCUAUCCGUAUAGUAGUUGCUGAUGGAUUGGAGGAUGUUACCAUUAAGGUCUCUGAUGAAGGUGGAGGAAUACCAAGAAGUGGUCUUCCUAAAAUAUUUACAUAUCUCUACAGUACUGCAAAGAACCCCCUAGACGAGCACUCAGCCAUUGACCUUGGAACUGUAACAACCAUGGCUGGUUAUGGUUAUGGACUUCCUAUAAGCCGUUUAUAUGCAAAGUAUUUUGGAGGGGAUCUGCAAAUUAUCUCCAUGGAAGGAUAUGGAACAGAUGCUUAUCUCCAUUUGUCUCGGUUGGGAGAUUCUCAAGAACCUUUGCCCUGAGCACUGGUGUUGCAAAUUACUUGAAUUUGAAGAAUCUGGAUCUCAAUAGUAGUGGAACGUAUUGCAGUUCAUCAUAAUCUAAUUGUUUGUAUAAAUAGCUUAUGCCAUACCACACAUUUUCUGGGCAAGGAAAUAUUUUCCAAUUGUGGAAUGUGAAUCUUUGCAUUGAAAUGAUAAGUUCAUCAUAUGUGGAACA